AUGAUUCUUUUGCAUGAGUAUCUUCAGAAGUUACCAUCUGAAUCUUUUGAUAAUGGUUUAACACAAUGGAAAAAUACAUUUGAAAUUAAAUGCCGUAGCCAUGACCCUAUUAAAGAAGUUGAUUUUAGAAUGGGUGAAAUUCAAUAUAUUGAACCAAAUAAAAGUGUCACGAGAUUUAGUGCUAAAGAUUCAUUUUGUAUUGUCAACAUGCAAAGAAAUCCAAAAAUAUAUUUAUAUUUUAAUUUUUGUAAUCCAAAAGAAUUGAUUGAUAAUAAAAUUAAAAAUGAAAGUACAAAGUAA